ACGCCAUUUUUUAUUUUAUUUGCGUGUGUGCAGCUAGGUGAAGGAAGUGGAGUCCCAAAUCAUUAGUUUAACGUUAAUUACUCGCCCACAAAAAAACAACAACACUUAUACAGUCGCGGUAAACAUUUUGAUUAAAUUUCUAGUCCAUAUCACACACAAGUAACGUAUACCUUUAAACUAGACUAAGGUAAGGUAAAGGUGAGCAUUUGUGAUGUUGCGAUGGUAAAUAUAUUAAUUUACUUCAUGUCUUGGCAAGUAAUGCAUCACUUAGGAGUUGAAACCACAGAAACAGCUCAGAAGAACACAGAUGAUGCAGUGAUUUACACCAGCAGCCGUAACACUACCAAGACAGAUCUCCGUUUGCUGCUGGAAUGUGUCAAGUUCCAGAUGGACUGUCCAGAACAGCAAAAGACAGCCCUUGUCUCUAUCAACUCCAUAUGUGAGAAAAAAGAGCACAAUGUGGACUUGCUGAGAGAAAUGGGAGGAGUGAUGUUUGUGUGCAAUCUCUUCAAAUCCGAUGUGGUUCAUCCAAAUGUGAAGCAGACUGCGCUCUUUACACUCAGCACAUUAGCAGAAGCCAAUGUGUACUGCAAGAAUAAUCUGUGCCAAAGGGAGAUGUUUCUGGACCUCUGCGCAUAUAUGAAGGAAAAAAAUACCUCACUCAAGGAGAAGAGUGUCUCCGUCUAUUUACUGUCCGUGUUGGUAGCCAACAACAAGGCAGGGCAGACUUUAGCCCAGACCACUGGCUGCAUAGAUACUCUGCUGAACCUCUUCAGGAACAUGUUCCCUGAAUCUACCGCCGACCCUGAUCACGCUUGUCUAUGGGUAUUAGUGUCAAAUGCUCUCUGUGGGUGUGUCAAUAACCCUCAAAAUGAGGAGGCUCAACAAGUCUGUGUGUCAUCCUUUCCCCAAAUAAAAAUGUGGCUUCGGCAGAUUCCGUUGCCUGGCUUCGAGGUGUUUCGAUACCUUUGCUUCUUCAUAGCGAUGACAGUUUCCAACAACGGCGUUCAAAGGAACUUUGCUGCCACCGGGCUCUUAGAAAUCCUUAUUUCCAUGCUAAUCCGUCUGGCGUCUGAAUCUGACACAAACCUGUCAUCUCACCAGCUUCUAAUAAUCAUAAUCAAGACUGUGUCUGCUUGUAUCGAUAACAACGCAAACCUGUCUGCAGGUUUGGCCUGCUAUAGUGUCGUGGUUCAUCUUGUUACCCUGCUGACUUGCCCACACCUCAACUGUGAGGACAGACUGGCAGUGGUCAUUUUGCUGGGCCAUUUCACUGAAGCCUCUGAGGAACACCAGUCCCAACUGGUGCAGUGUGGAGGCCUUCCGCUCAUCAUCACGCUGCUCGCUGAAGAUGCAGACAAGGAGGUCCGGAAGUUUGCAACGUUCAUAUUGCAGACCUGCAAACAGGCUAUUACAUCAUUGGGAAUCCCUGGUCCAAAGCAAGAGGAAGAUGAGAAGCUUGACACAGAAGCCGCUGAAGAGUCUGGUCCAGUUUCUUUUCCUGCAACCUCACAGCUGUUGCAAGAAGGUUGCCAGUCACUCAACCCCAAGACUCUUAGUGUCCUUAAAAUGCUAGGUUCCUCUAAGGUAGCGAACACGACGGAGAAAAAAGAAGCAGGAGGCAGAUGCGUCAAGAGUGCAAAACCAUGUGCUGGGAAAGAUAGGGCGGAAAGCAGCAGGCGAAAUGUGUCAUGUUCAUUAUGUAAUGGUACUGGAUUCCUCAACCAGUUCCAAGGACAGCCGCGAGAGGAUGGCCGAGAUACACAUGCAAAAGACAGGCCGCCAUUGAACUCUCCAGAGCAAGAUCUAGUACCCAGAGUUAUUAAAUUCAGUGAUGCAAAAAAGUUGCAGGACAGCGACAUAUUUAAGGAGAGAAGACAAAAGGAAGAAUCCCGCAACAAUGAAAGAUGCGCAGUUUGCGUAAUACCUUUCGAGAGAGUGACCAGUCGCACUUUUGCAUACGUCCUGGAAUCCUGUCGUCAGAUGUGCGAAAUCCACAAGGUCCUUCUCGAGGCGACAGAGCGCUUCAAGGCUCCCCACCGCCGCUCUCUGUUGAAGGGAGAGAACGUAGUGGUGGACCCGACCAACAAGGAACCUGAGAGGGACUCGGUGAGAACGCCUCAGAGAACCCUCGCAAGACCCAGGAUUCCGUGUUUGAAUUUAAAAAAUGUCAUCCUGACUCCCAUCCAUAAAGGAGCACAGCAAAAACUCCCUAAAAGAAUUAUAAAGUUGUACAAUGAAAAGUGAAGCCACAGGAUGCUGCUGACUGUGUGAGAGCUCCUGGACCAAAUAUCUUGACCCUUUCAUCACUUUCGACCUAUACUGUUUUGCUACACAAUCUUCAACACUGCAGUUUAAAUGUGCUCUUGUAUGCUGAGUUAUUCGACAGCACGUACAAACUAGUUCAGAUGAACCCUUAAGCAUGUGUUGUAAUCGUUAAUGGUGUAUUUGUUGGCAUUUAUUAAUUCAAAUGGUAUAUGUUUAAGCAUUGUCGUGUCUGGUUCCAUGUAACAUAAAGUUUUGAUUGUCGCUGUCAGCUCGCUACUCAUUUAAGUAUAUUCUUACUGUUGGCUCCA